CCCUUGAAGCUGCUCUCCAGGAAAAAAAAACGAAAAUGGGGCAAGAUGUGAUGCGUCCCUCGUCCGCUGCAUAGGAUCAGCUCGCGUCGUAUCGUCAGCGUCGUCGAGGCGUGUUUCGCUUCGAUCUAUUUAUUUGUUUAUUUAUUUUUUAAGAGGAAGAUGCUGAAACGUGGAAAGUGAGGCAGACUGUAUCGGGAGUGGGCAGGAGGAGCGCGACGCGCUGUAGGAAUCUGUACAAUCAAUAGGAACGCGAUCGAUUUUCAAACACUCGUGCGAUUUAGCGUUGAUUUUUUUCUCCAUUCUUGCUGUGAUGCAGAAGCUACACGUGGAUAGAAGAAUAGAAAAGCCCGGUUCUCCGUAUUCGCGUCAAGAUUUCAGCGCGAGCUAAACAAUCUCCGAUUGAUCACCUGACGCGUCAUAACCGUAAUCUGGCUUUAAUCUGCCUUAAAUCCUCGAAAGUAAAAGUUUCAGGCGUCGUUUGAAUGAAAUGGCUGUGUCUGUUCGCCUCCUGUCGUUCGUACAAUAACCAGAGGCUGGUUGGACACAACGUUGUUGUUCAAACGCUGCUUUUAUUCACAUUAUCAAAAAAAAAUAGGAAGGGGGGAGGAGGUGGUCAGCGGUUCACGCAGGAGCGGGAUCCUGUGUGAACUGUGGGCGAUCUAGUUUUGGAAACAUCACGGACAUCAGCAAAGGCUCGGUCUCAAAAACUCCGGAGAGCUAGACUCUAUGAAGAUCGCGACACAGUUGGUGGUUUCCCCUCGCAGAGAUGCCAGUGCGUGCUGUGACCACCAGGUUCAUGUACAAGGGACUUUGCACUAUUCCAGAUGUCCUCACCUACCGGACCCCUGUUAGCCUGCCUGAGGAUGAGGUGGAAGAGAUUCGUGAAGCUUUCAAAGUAUUUGACAGAGAUGGAAACGGCUUUAUCUCAAAGCAGGAGCUGGGGAUGGCCAUGCGCUCGCUGGGCUACAUGCCCAAUGAAGUGGAGCUGGAGGUCAUCAUCCAGAGGCUGGACAUGGACGGUGACGGUCAGGUCGGCUUUGAGGAAUUCGUCACGUUGCUUGGGCCCAAACUCUCCUCCGCUGGGAUGCCGGAUAAGUUCCACGGCGCAGACUUCGACUCAGUCUUUUGGAAGUGCGACAUGCAGAAACUGACUGUGGACGAGCUGAAGAGGCUGCUGUACGACACCUUCCGGGACCACCUGACCAUGAAGGACAUCGAGAACAUCAUCAUGACCGAGGAGAGCCACCUGAACAGCCCAGAGUCCCACGUAGACAUUGACACGAGUCCAACUCAACAGGAGAAACACACGUGUGUGCGUAAAAGCCUGAUUUGUGCCUUUGCCAUUGCAUUCAUCAUCAGCGUUAUGCUCAUCGCAGCGAAUCAAAUGCUUCGCAGGGGAAUGAAGUAAACACACACUAAAGGAUGGACACCCAACAGUAAAUGUCAACCAAAUUACUCAACAGUUUUAGCUCCAUAACCUUAUCACCGCUUCUCUCUAUAAUAGAUGAAUUGAUGUCACACAGUGGUUCCUGAUGCCCACUGAUCAUAACACACCAUGAAAGAACAGAAGGAAUAACAGAAAGGCAUUCCAAGGGCUGAUUAGAAUCCUACAGCUGUGGCAUCGCACCAAUUCAGAGUUCUGAUGUUUUCUAAGAAACAUGUGGGUGUACAGUAUGUGCUGUAGUGAUAGCUGUGCUGUGUCCAAUGUAUCAAAACACUUAAUGUUGUUCGAGAACCCUGCAUUUGAAAUGCAUCCAAUAAUGACUGUGCUGGUGAUAGUAAUAAAGCAAUAUUAAGUGUUGAUGAGCUGCAUAUUACUUAGGUUUAAAUAGCUUAAGAACUUGAGGCCAAUUGACUGUGUACUGCAUGACGUGUCUGUGUUUGUUCUAGUGUGCCAGAGGUAGAACCCGUCAGUUGAAUAGAACCGGUAACACCUGUGAUCGCGAUCUCACCAGGAGAGUAGCGACACUGUCUCACACGACUUAUAAAACCUAGGGUCACUGACUUUAAGGAGAACUAUGCCCCAAAGCGUAUGUUAAUACCACACCUCAUGAAACCCAGAUUUACGGAGCAGCACUGGGCGAGUGCAGGAGUUCUGGAGCGAGGCUCACGCUUCCAUGCAGUCAGAGAAUCAUUCAUUUGUGCCUGGAUCAUUGGAGCAGUUUCAUUCAUCGUACUUUUAGAGUGCGGCCGAGCAUGUAGAGACUGGACUGUGUUCAAAUGAACACUGGACUGGAGCUUUGAGAUGUCCAUGAAAUCUAGUCCGCAGACACGUUCCCCUCAGGAUAAACUCUAAGAAUGUAGUGGAAACGCUGAGUAUUCAUCCAGUUUAGAUGUUAGCGUGAAUCCAUUAACCAAAUACCUGUAGAAGCAGCGACAUUCUUAUUAGGGGAUUACAGUGAGCUAAACAUCAGCACGGCAGCAUCGUCCUUGGCACGUUAAGCUUAAGAAUAACCUCCCAGAGCUAACAGCAUAUAGACAGCUGAAGAAUAACACAUGGUCAACAGAAACAACUAUCAAUACAGUUAGGAUUUAACAAGUCAUGCUUCUGCUUCAGCCAACGCGCAGGUCCCUGACAUGCAAAAGAAACACAAAUCCAUCAUGCAAAUAAGAGCAAGUGGAACAAACUGGUGACCCUGAAGAGCACUGCUACACAGACGCUGAGCUACAGGGUGUGAUCGUCUGCCACGUGCUGGAGAAAUCCCACAGUGUAUUUCUAUGACAGAUGACAUUGUUGUUUUAAACUCGGCCGGGUGAUGCGGUUUAAAGCUCUGGUUGAGGUUUCUUGGCCGAGCAGCCGGGGAUUGCUUUAUAAAUUAACCAGCUGUUUUCCCAGGUGAGACGUGACAACCCGUAGGCGUGAGAUUAGAACUGCACUGAAAAGUGAACUCUUAAUUAAAAGCAUGACACGAAAUUCCUCUACGCAAUAUCCACCAAGGCACCAACAGCAGGUGGAACAGGUUUUUGAAACAUCAGCCACCGCUGCAUCACACAAGCUACUAACUGUGAACAAAUCCAACCAUAACAAAACCCAAUCACAUAAGAACUGUAAUAUUUGGUCUGAGCAAUGACACCAUGCAUGCCGACUAAACUAGAAAUAAAUGAGUGUUUAAUGUGUGUGAGAUCAAAUCUUAAAUUCUGAUGUGUGUAUUAAAAAUAAAUAUGCAAUUUGUAAAGUGACCAUUGCAAACUAAAAUCUCAGUAUUUUGACAUUUUGCUAUAAAUGUCAGUUGGAUGUGCAGACAAUGUAAAAGUACUUCACAAUAUGCUGUGAAUAAUAAUUUAACAUAUCAUGAAAAUGUUGUUUUUUGGCUUUUACAUGGACCACCAAAACAACAUAUUGUUUAAAGUAUAACAUGGUUAUAUUUUCUUACUUGGGAAAGUGAAACAUUCAAUUUAUGUGAUUUUAUUAUGAAUGUAAGCAUAAAGUUUUAUAAGAAAAAAACAGAAAAUACUGAAAAAAUAUCAGGUUUCUGAUGUUUGAUUUCCAGGUUGCCUGGACGUUAUUGUGUGGAUUAGGGACAUGGCACUUACAUUAACGUUUCUGAGUUGUUUUAUUUUACAAAUAUUUGUCAGAUUUGACAAGUUUUACUAAAUGCUAUAUUUUUUCUUGCACUUUUUAUCUCAUUUUCAAAACUAGAUGAUACAAAAAAGUAUAAAACAGCAAGAAUCAUUCUGGCAAUAAAACUAAUAUAUAUAUAUAUAUAAAUAAAUAUAGCUGCUGUUUAAGUAUGAACUACUUAUAUGACGUCACAUUACCUCUCUAUGUGAACAUACCACAUAUGGUAUAAGUUUUGUGUGAAUAUAAAACAAAUUUAUUGGGUCAAAUCUUGUCUAAGACAUAUGAAUAGUAUUGUGUCCUAUUCUGUAGGUUAGUGUUUAAUGAUGUACACUUUGAUGGGUUGUCUUAACAGGCGUCUUAACACAU